GCCGAGGCGGCGGCGCCCCCGGCCCCCGAGCCCCCUCCGGCGGCGCCGGCUGCGGCGGAGGAUGGUGCGCGGCGCGGCCCGGGCUCCCCGCCGCCAGCGCCGCAGGCCCAGGCCGGCCGCCCCGGGCAGGCGCCCCCCGCUGCGGGCGCGGGGCGAGCGGCCGCGCUGAGGCGCCGCGGCCAUGGGCGCCCUGACCAGCCGGCAGCACGCGGGCGUGGAGGAGGUGGACGUGCCGGCCCAGUCCGUGUACCGCUACCCGCCCAAGUCCGGAAGCUACUUCGCCAGCCACUUCAUCAUGGGAGGAGAGAAGUUCGACUCGGCCCACCCCGAAGGCUACCUGUUUGGAGAGAACAGCGACCUGAACUUCCUGGGGAACCGGCCCGUGGCGUUCCCCUACGCCGCCCCGCCCCCCCAGGAGCCGGUGAAGACGCUGCGGAGCCUGGUCAACAUCCGCAAGGACACCCUGCGGCUCGUCAAGUGCGCGGAGGAGGUGAAGGCGCCGGGGGCCGAGGCCGGCAGAGCUAAGGUCCACUACAACGUGGAGUUCACCUUCGACACCGACGCCCGCGUGGCCAUCACCAUCUACUACCAGGCCACCGAGGAGUUCCAGAACGGCAUCGCCAGCUACAUCCCCCGAGACGGCAGCCUGCAGUCGGAGACCGUGCACUACAAGCGCGGCGUGUGCCAGCAGUUCUGCCUGCCCUCCCACACCGUGGACCCCUCCGAGUGGGCCGACGAGGAGCUUGGCUUUGAUCUGGACCGGGAGGUCUACCCUCUGGUGGUCCACGCCGUGGUGGACGAAGGAGACGAGUAUUUCGGCCACUGCCACGUGCUGCUGGGCACCUUUGAGAAGCACUCGGACGGGACCUUCUGCGUCAAGCCCCUCAAGCAGAAGCAAGUGGUGGACGGGGUCAGCUACCUCCUCCAGGAGAUCUACGGCAUCGAGAACAAGUACAACACGCAGGAUGCCAAGGUGGCCGAGGACGAGGUGAGUGACAACAGCGCCGAGUGCGUGGUGUGCCUCUCGGACGUGCGGGACACCCUCAUCCUGCCCUGCCGCCACCUCUGCCUGUGCAACACCUGCGCCGACACGCUGCGCUACCAGGCCAACAACUGCCCCAUCUGUCGCCUGCCCUUCCGGGCGCUGCUGCAGAUCCGCGCCAUGAGGAAGAAGCUGGGCCCCCUGUCCCCCACCAGCUUCAACCCCAUCAUCUCCGCCCAGACGUCCGACUCGGAGGAGCACUCGUCCUCCGAGAACAUCCCGCCGGGCUACGAGGUGGUGUCGCUGCUGGAGGCCCUCAACGGGCCGCUCGCCCCGUCCCCUGCGGUCCCGCCCCUCCACGUGCUGGGUGACGGCCACCUCUCAGGGAUGCUGCCCGCCUACGGCAGCGACGGCCCCCCGGCCCCCGUGCGGGCGCUCUCCCCGCUCGACCGCCUGCCCGACAGCGGCCAAGGACUCAGGCUCAAGAGGAGUCUCUCCAAGUCCGUCUCCCAGAGCUCCUCCGUGCUGCGCGAGGAGGAGGACGAGCACUCCUGCAGCGACUCGGAGACGCGCCUCUCCCCACGGCCAGCCGCCCCGCAGCCCGGAGAGGAGUGUGGCGUCACUCCGGACAGUGAGAACCUCACCCUGUCGUCGUCAGGAGCCAUUGACCAGUCGUCGUGCACAGGGACGCCCCUUUCGUCCACCAUCUCCUCCCCGGAAGACCCUGCCAGCAGCAGCCUGGCCCCGUCGGUCAUGUCCAUGGUGUCCUCCCAGAGCCAGCACUCCCAGCUCAGCACCGACACCGUCUCCUCCAUGUCCGGCUCCUACGUCGCCCCCGGCACGGGCACGGGCACGGAGGACGAAGGGGAGGCGCUCCCCUCCCCGCGGGCCGCCAGCCGGGCCGCCUCCGAGGAAGGCGAGGCGAUGCCGGCGGCAUCCCCGGACAGCAACUUCGUGGGCCUGGCUGACGAGCAGGACGCAGAGGGAAACGAGGUCAUGGAGGAAGACGACGCGUCCCCCACCCAGGAAGACGGCCAGAGGACGUGCGCGUUUCUAGGCAUGGAGUGUGACAAUAACAAUGACUUUGACAACGCGAGCGUGAAAGCACUGGACAAUACGCUGUGCUCUGAGGUCUGCUUACCCGGCACCUGGCAGCCCGAGGACAACGCGCUCAGCCGUCGGCACCCUCGGCGUCGGCGCCGGUCGUCCAGCAGCCUGGAGGAUGCCGAGAGCGGGCGCUGCGUGUGGGGGCCUCUGGCCGUCUGAGAGCCCGCCCAGGCCAGAGCCACUCCGGUCCCCGCCUCCCAUCCCCGCCUCCCGUCCCGGACUCACCGGGCCGGGGCCUCCUGGGCAUCCUCGGUGGGACACGGGGAGACGUACACCGCGUGGGAGCGGGGCAUGGAGGCCAGCCUGCUCCUUCUCCCACCCCCAGCCUUUCAUCACCAGGACCCGCCCCUCUCCGGGGGGGCUGGACGCCUCCUGCCUCCUCAGAGACCCUCUGGAACGUUCCAUCCCGCUGCACCUUGGUCUUCGGGGAGCCACGGCCCCCGGGUUGGCAUCUCCAGCAUCUCUCUUCUCAGUGGCGGGCAGACCAGAAGACCGGAGUCCGAGCAGCUGCGUUUUCUGGUGUCGGGCUGGCAACACCAACUUGAAACCUCCCGUUUGGGGCGGGUUUGGGGGGGACGGGGGAGAAGGCCAAGCCACAUUGCACUGGAUGCGGAGUUUCCGUCAAGGACAAGCGAAAUGGUGCCGGCCCACCAGGUGGCUGAUUGGAAAGACAGUUCUUGCUUCCAGCAGGCGAGCGAGUCUAAGCCUCGUGUGACUGUCUUGUUUAGAGAGGAGGCCUUGGACCUGAGACACACACACACACACACACACACACACACACACACACGUUACAGGACCUCGAGAGGGUCUGGGUCAGGUGCAUCCGGGAAGGCCUGGGACUCACCCGAAGGUGACAUUUCAGAACACAUUUGGCCACCUCUCAGGUGCGGGAGCUACGCCAUCGCUCUGGCCCUGUCCGAUCAUCAUCUUACCCCGUCUCCCGUCUCCACCCGCGUUGGUUCAUAGUUGAAGAAACAGGCUGAGAGCGGGUGCACCAGGGACCCUCCAGCUCGUACCCAGGCCUCCCCAGGAAGCGGUGGAGAGCGCUGAGCGGGGCCAUCAGUGGUCUGGUUGCUGGUGGCAGGAGGCAGGGCCUUCGCCCCUGGGAGUGUCCCCACCCCGUUUUCCUCCCCACCUUCCAGUCCUCCUGGCCUGAGAGGGCCAAGGGGAGGACUGCCUUCCACAGGCUCAUGGGAGACUUAGGGUGUUCCAGUCACCUGCCCACCCCCCACCCCCAGCCCAAAAGCUUGGGGGAGCAAGGUGGCCCGGACGGUGAGCGGCUGGGCGUGCCUCCUCUCGGCACCAGCUCUGCUGAGUCCUCAGAGCUCUUGGGUGGACGCUCUGUCUGCUGGCCUUUGGGGAGGUGGGCGAGUUGGGGGCAGAGUUGAAAACAGCCACAUGUGAGGCUGGGAUGUGGAGCCCAGCUACACCCGUCCGAUGGCUUGUCUCAGUAUUUGGACCUGGCACCUGGAAGAGCUUCUGGGGCCUUUGCCAGGCCUCCGAGGGAGCCCCAUGCCCAGGGCUCCUGGCUCAGCACCCUCUGGGUGGCUCUGCACGGCCGGCUGAGUGGGCCCUCCCACCGCCCAAUGGCUGUGGCUCAGGUUCCGCCUGGUCAGCAGGGAGCCUGCUGUUCUGUGCCACCACGCCGGAAUGGAAGCUUCUGGAUGGAGUUCCCUGGCCUGCCCUCUGGAAUCCUACAGUGGACUCUGCUGGUUCAGGCCCCACUCCGUGCCCGCCCCUUUCCCACAUCCUCCUUGCCCCGCCCCUUUCCUGUUUGAGAUCCGAGCAGUAACCCCACUCCCUGAGUUCCUCCAAGUGUGAGUUCCAGGAACGCCAGGGAAGGGGGCUUCACUCCGCCUGGGUAGAGCCCGCAGACCGGCCUGCCCUCCGUGUGGCGUAACCGGAGACGCAGGAGCUGCAGGUCAGCAGCAGCCACCUGGCAGGAAGCCAUCCCGUCCCCCUUUCUGAGGCCCUGUGUCCUCUCCGGGGGGAGGGGCUCAGAAAGUUCUUCUCUGCCUUGGUUCCCUAACCAAGGCCUCUGGCUAUAGAGCGGCCCUUCAGUCCUCGUCUUUCAGCCACUUCCUGUCCUCUGUGGGGGCCCCCCCACCCCCCCAGUUCUCAUUCAGAUGUUGGCAAACGGAAAUAUCCCCCCCCAGAGGCUGGUCCUCAGUCAGCCUGCGGGGACAAGGCCGCUGCCCGCCCAUCACUGGGCACAGCCGUGCUGGCGGCCGCUGUCCCCGAGAGCAUGGACGGGCAUGGACUACCUGGAGGCCACUCCUCCCUGCCACCCGCGGGCCUGAGCUUCCCACGCCUCCGGGUGGUAUGGCCCAGGCCUCCCCACAGCCCUUUCCGUCCCACCGGAGUCCCCGCCCACGCCGGGCACCUCCUGGGCACAGACCCACACACGUGAAGCCAUCUCACCCGGGGAGAGCUUGUAUCCUGUCCACCUGCUCAUGGCACCCCUGCUGCCCACUCUGCUCCAGGCGCUGCACGGUGCUGUGUGCAGGGUGUGUGUGCGGCUGUGCCAUCUGGGCGCCCUCCUCCCCGGAGCUACGCUCACGGGUACAGGACAAUGGGGACACCAGGACGCGGUGUGUACGGACUCUGCAUGAUUCUCAAAACGGAAUAAAAGUUGACAAGGAAGGAGA